AUGACGCGAAGAAAGUACAGCCCGCUCUGGACGCAUUUUGAAGCGACGUCGUCGAAGAAGGCGAAAUGCAAUUAUUGUUCCCGGGAAAUAGCGAUUUCCAAAAGUUCCAUCGGCAGCCUUGGCCGGCAUUUGAAGACGAUCCAUCCGUCCAUCAAUAUAAAGAACGUCAUGGAAGAUACGUUGUCAGCAAACGAUUCCGACUCCGAUGAAUCUACCCUGGACCCUGACAGCGAGCUGUGGGGUUUUUUCGAUAAGGCACGUCACAACAUGGCCAAGUGCACCAUUUGCGAAGCCACCAUGAAGAGAAACUCGGAGACGCUGUACAAGCACCUGAAGGAAGCUCAUUCGAAGAUAUCUCAGAAUCUGGAGUUUAAAGACAAAGAUGAGAACUACACAGAAGUUAUAUACUUAGAGCAUCCGGAAAUAGAAGAAACUCAGACGAAAGACAAAGAAGUGACAACAGCGCAGCCAUGGCAACCAGAGACGAGAUCAAAGCUCAAGAGACGUUCCAGUGCAAGAGAAAAACCGAAAAUGGCUGACGUAAGAGAUAACCAGGGUAUUGAAGAUUUUGGCAGAUACAUCACUAGUUUGAUGAAAGAUAUACCGCGGGAAGUAAGUUCGCGACUCCAAUUGGAAAUAGUCAACAUGGUGAUGGCAGCCAAGACGAAGUCCAUGAAAGAUAGCCUAGAAGAAGCGUCAGAUGAGAAAUGCGAAGAAAUAGAAGAUCCUUCUAACCUACACACCUACGAGAGCAACACAGAAGACCCAAUUACAGACCAACACACAUUCGAGUUGAAGAAACGCCCUCACUUAAGCAAGACCGAAAAAGCGCCCAACGUAUCCACCCAUCCGGAAAAACGGCUCGGUGGAAGGGAGGAGAAGCAAAUCGAAGAUUUUGGCCAGUACAUAACGAGUUUAUUAAAAUGUCUGAAAAUGGAUACGAGCGCUCAACUCCAAAUGGAGAUAGUAAAAAUGGUUAUUACAGCUAGGUUAAAAUAUUUGAGUCGGUACCCCCUUGUAAUACAAGGUCUUAUCGAGUUACAGGAGAAUAUGACUUAA